AUGAGACUAAUAGGGGUCUGCAGGGCAAAACUACCACGACAGAGCAGCUUUCUCAUUCUUUUGAGACUGUUCACUUCUUUAUCCGGUGCUGAUCCUGUCCACUUCUUAGAUGUUGAUCACGGAGAUACUGUGACCGAUUUCCUUCCCCUCGAGAGGGAACGAGGCAUCACCAUCCAGUCUGCGGCAAUCACAUUCAAUUGGCCACUGGCAGAGGAUUGCCCUGAAGGCACGCAUCCCAAGACCAUCAACUUGAUUGACACUCCUGGCCAUCAGGAUUUCCGCUUCGAGGUUGAUCGUUGCCUCCCGGUCCUGGAUGGCGCAGUGUGUAUUAUCGACUCAGUCAAAGGCGUUGAGGCACACACCGAAAGGGUCUGGUCAUCAGCACAGCAGUUCAAGAUCCCUCGGAUUGUCUAUGUUAAUAAGCUCGACCGAGAUGGAGCUUCCUUCAAGCGGUCCGUUUUGGAUAUCGCUUCCAAGCUUAACUGCUUCCCUUUGGUGUGCCAGCUUCCAUGGUGGGAUAACGACAGCCUCAUUGGCGUCAUUGAUGUCAUCGAGAAGAAAGCUAUCCGAUACAAUUCAGCGGACAACUACCAAGUCUACCAAGGCGAAACACUAAGCUCUGUUCUUCAGAGUAAUGCUGCCCUGCUACAAGAAAUAAGCAUUGCCCGAGACCGGCUCAUCGAACGUCUGUGCGAGUAUGAUGACGAACUGGUCGAGGAGUUUGCCGACAAGGGCAAUGAUCUUCCUGCUGAGUCGAUCAAGAAAAGCAUUCGCCGGUUGAUCCUGACAGGAGAAGGGGAAGUCGCCCCCGUGUUCGCCGGUUCCAGUCUCCGAAACAUGGGCGUCCAACCCCUCCUCGAUGCGGUCGUUGACUAUCUGCCCAGCCCUCAGGACACCGCGGAUGUUGAGGUUCUUCUGAGUGGCGAGAAGCACCAGCUACAAGAUGUCCUUCAACGCAAGAUUCCCGGGCUGAAACCGAAGCCGUCAACAGCACACAAACCACCCAUUGAGGCUGUUGCCUCCGUGUUCAAGGUUGUCAACGAUCCGAGUCUACGCGAUGCUACACGUGGUAUGAUGAGCUUUGUCAGAGUCUACCACGGCACUCUGAAUCGAAAUUCUCAGGUCUGGAAUGCCAAUCUAGGAUGCUUUGAGAAGUCUCUAAGGAUGGUGCAAAUCUCGGCAUCCAAGACCGCCGACGUACCCCAUCUCUCGAGAGGUCAGAUCGGUGCCCUUAUCGGCCUUAAAGAUGCGCGAACAGGCGACACUCUCCAGAUUCUCCCAAGUCAUAGCCACCGAUCCCCAGACCAGGCGCUUCGCAGCAUGCAGAUCCGGCCGCCAGAUAUCCCUGCAGCCGUGGCUUUCCUCGCAAUACAUCCGUUCAGCGACACUGGGAGAGAUCAUCUCCAACAGUGUCUCGAGAAAGCGUCUCGUGAAGAUCCAAGCCUGAGAUGGAAUCGGGACGAGAAGCACGACCGCUUCGUCCUCUCCGGCAUGGGGAAGCUCCAUCUAGAGAUCGCCAUCCAUAGGCUGAAGACACAGUACAAGGUCGAUGCCGCCUUUGGCGAUAUUGAAGUAGAUUACAAGGAAUGCCUCACCGCACCGACCGGUGAGCACCGCUAUGAGUACGACAGGGUUGUGGCAAGCAAGGCCGGCAAGGCGGCGUGUGUCGCUUCUCUCGAGCCGAGGGAUCAGCACGACGAGGCAAGCAUUCUGGAGUCCAGUACGGAGCGAGACGGCAAUCUGUUCCACAUCAAGAUUAUCCUGCCCGACGAUGGCGAGCUGCCAUUCGAUCCCGAGCUUGUGCGGAAACAGCUCUUCAACGGCGCGUACGCUGCCAUGGCGAGGGGUCCUCGAAGGGGAUCGCCCAUGCACAGCUGUUGCGUGUCGAUCACCUUUGAUCCCGAGACCGACUUCUUCGGCCCUGGGACGGACGGACACAUCGUCAACGCUGCAUACAAUGCCGUGCGCACGGCACUCAGCAGCGCGCACAGUCAAAGCGCCGUCGGUGUCCUGGAGCCGGUCAUGAAGGCGAACAUCUCCUGCCCAGAGGAGGCCGCGGGCACCAUCCAGCAUGACAUUGCGUCCGCGCGCGGCGGCCAGGUCUUGGAAGUCAACGACGCCAACGUCGCUAGCGCUGACAGCAUCAUCGAUCUGAACGAGGUCUAUGCGCCGCCCGACCCGUACGAGUCGCUGCAGUCGCUGCGCGAUGCAAAGAAGGGCGUGACAAGGAUGCUGGACAUCGUGGCGAAGGUGCCGCUCAAGGAAAUGCUCGACUACGACGGCCUGCUGAGGAGUAAGACUGGCGGUCGCCACUCGCUGACCAUGAGUCUGGAUACCUUCGACAGGGUGACUGGUCCGCGCGAAAAGGGUCUGUAA